ACUGAAAGGUGGAGAGAUGUGCAGAAGGGUCUGGGCAGAAAAGAGAUGUGCAUCUUAUGACUACCUGUGAAUAAUGAGAAUGCAAUUACUGUAUGCUGUACAAGUAGUUAUGUGUAGGUGUAACGUGACGGGAAUAAAAAGAGAGUUUCAGUACAGGAGGAGAAAUCUUCCCUGUGAGAAUUUCCAGACUGACUAAAUGGCCCCCCUGGGGAAGGAGCAGAACUGCAGGUUUCCAUGGGAAAUUCAAAGUGUUGGACUCGAGAAAGGAGAUAUCUUGCAGAAGAGGGACAGCCUGAGUCUCUUGAGAAGGACAAACUACAUUUUUGCCUUUAAGUGAUGGUUAGAUUUUAAGUUAUUUUCUUCCUCCCAUGUGAAUUAGACUAACAUUUGAACAGUUCACAGGCUCUGAGAAACAAACCAGUAAUCUUACUUUCCAAGCAAGAAAAAAAUAAGGGUAUGAAAGCUGAAAGAUGAUGAGAAUGAUACCUGCAAAAGCAUGUGAGCAGCACUGCUGUCAGCAUUAAUUUUGCCUAUGUGGAGUGAUAUUCAGGAUGUUCUGAGGUAUGCUUGAUUCAAAAUGAAACUCUGUGUUCAAAAACAGCACUUGCAGCAGUGCUUCUGUUUGACGGCUCCAAAAAAACUCAAAAUCCACAAGAACAGAUGGAGUUGGUGUUAGAUGGUCGUUAUGGUCCCUGCCAACCCAAGCUGUUCCAUUAGCUUUACAUCCAUUUUUUAAUUUGUGAUUGGAUCUGGCUGAUGUCUUCAGCUUCACAUCUUCACAGCUGUAACAGGAAAAACCUCUCUCUCAAAGCAGCGUUCUUUUUCUAACCUGUGUAAAUCCUUUCUCAGAUUAACUGACCUGGAAAGUAAUUGCAAAAAAUUUACUCUGUCUGUGUCACAGAGUAAAACCAGGCCAGGAGGCAACACACUACUUAACUCUUACCAGGUUUUGUAGACUGAUCAUAGCCUGUGCUGUCACACAGGCAGAUAAGAAGGUGACUCUGAGGAAGAGGAGGAUGGACAGAAGGAUCUCUGGACAGUGCUAUGUGUGCUGGCUUGUCUUCACUGAUGCUUUGUUAUGAACUUGCUUGCUUUUAGUGCAGUAGGAGCAAUGCUGGAGGCAGUUGUGAGUGAACAGGGCGUGUAUCACCAAGACAUGGGAUGCACUUGAUAUCUGCUCCAGCCUGAAGAAUCGGGACGAGCAGAUGGUGUUUAUGUGGGACUGUGCCCAUGAUAAGAGGCACUGCUCAGCUGUCACCCAGCAGAUGGUACCUGCAGAAGUGUUUGAACUCGGAGCAGAAGGUCAGGUUCCUUCAGGAUGCUCCUGCCUUCCAGCACCUUCAUCACUUGGCUUUGGGCUCCAGGCAGCGAUGGGGCAGAUAGGCUGAGCAUGCAUUUCUGACUUGUUUGCCUUGAGGAGAGCUGUGCUGUGAAACCCUUUGUGUCGUGGGGCUGGAAGCAGGGAGUGCAGCUGGGUUAAAGAGCUCCCCAGCAGAUUUCUGUUCCAGUUUUGCAAUUGCUGGAGAAAGAGUUAUUUCACUUCGUAGUAGGAAACUCUAGGGAUGUCUGUGGGAUGAGGGACAAAAUGAGGUAUUCUGAGGAUAUUGGGAGGAGGAGUGUGUGCUAAAGCAGCCUUGGUAAUGUGGCUGUGACCUGCUCUUUGGUCCUGUGUUCAGGUGUGCAUCACAGGUGUGUACUGAGUAAUCUCAAGAGCAUUGUUGGUUCUGACAGAGCCCUGUGAGCCAAGUGUGUGCUCAGGUGUGAGCUAAUUACGUGCUCCUGCCUGAAUGCAGAAAACCCUGCAAUUUAUGCCUACUACAACACCUCACGUCUCUGGUAAAUGUUUUCUAACAGAUUCAGCCUAUGGGCAGUCUGAUUCCUGAAAAAACCUGACAGACAUCCCCCACUAGUGCACGUGAAUGGGAUCCUCCUUGCAAAAGGCACACUCUGGUUCACGUCUCAGCUUGCUGCUGGAGCUUCUCCUGGUGUGGAAGGUCAGCUCUUUUAGCUGUGCAGCUGGGAGAUCCUGUCUUACUUCAUUUCUUACCUCAGAGCUCACUCUGUUCUCUCCUUAGCCAGGGGACAGUGUCCUCCAUCCUCGGUUUCAAUAAUGGUUAUUUCAUGUCCUUGCAGACACAGGUGUCUCUGUUGCACCAGGACUCAUCUCUGUGCUACCAGGUGGUAAACAGCUCUCAUCUCAGUGGGGUUAAAUCUGUUUCUCUCCCUUCCAUACUGCACCAGGUGGCAAUGUCCUGCAUCUAAAUGCACCUGUAUCUAAUGGCACUCACUGUGCAUUUGGAGGAUUGUGAAUGAUCUCUUAACAUCCACACACAGAAUUUAGUUUCUAGUUUAAAUUGUUUUCUUUUGGUAGGAUGAUGGAGUGGCUAAAGCGGGCAUUUUGACUGGUAAGGGCUCAAGUUCUUGUCACUCAUGUGAACGCUUAAGUAAUUACAAAUUUAAACUGCUCCUUUGCCCUUGCGAAGGUUGAAUGCAGGCUUUAACACUUAGCAGUGAGAUACUAUGGCUCUGCAACACGGCUUCAUGCUGUAAUGUGUUUCAUUAUAAAUAUUUGGUGACUGGAGAGAGAGAAUGAAGCAGAGGAGCUGAACUGAGGUGGGGGCUUCCCCAGAGAAUGACAUGUCUGGAAAGCAGCAAAGGAAGGAUAUGGUGUUAUUGCAGCUGCCGGCUUCCAGCCUGAGUGCUGCUGCUGGCAAGCAGCUGACAGGAGGGAGGAGAUCAGCCUUUCGCUCUGAAGGGUUGGUGCGUCAGGUUUCCCUGCAGAGCACGUGCAGAUAACCGAGCUGCAAACACUGCUGCCUGUUCCAGCUCCAGUAGAGAGAGCUGGGAGAAUGGGGCAGGUGUCUUGGAAGGGUUUAUUUCUAUCGCUUUUCGAUUAUAAAACAGAGAAAUACGUCAUUGCGAAGAACAAGAAGGUUGGGAUUCUCUAUCGAGUGGUGCAGCUCUCCAUCCUGGCUUACCUGGUGGGGUGGGUGUUUGUUGUCAAGAAAGGCUAUCAGGAUACAGACACAUCCCUGCAGAGCUCUGUCAUCACCAAGCUGAAAGGGGUGGCAUUCACCAACACCUCGGAGCUGGGGGAGAGGCUGUGGGAUGUUGCAGACUAUGUCAUCCCUCCACAGGGUGAAAACGUCUUCUUUGUCAUGACAAAUUUGAUUGUGACCCCAAACCAGAGACAAACCACGUGUCCUGAGAGUGUAAACAUUCCUGAUGCCUUGUGUUAUGAGGAUGAAGACUGCCCUGCAGGGCAAGCAGUGGUGGCUGGUAAUGGGGUUAAGACUGGCCGUUGUUUGAAAGACAGGGACAGCAUCAGAGGUUCUUGUGAGGUAUUGGCCUGGUGCCCAGUGGAGAAAAGAUCCAAGCCCAAGAAACCACUUCUCGCCAGUGCAGAAAACUUCACUGUUUUCAUCAAGAACUCGAUCCGGUUCCCCAAGUUUAAAUUCUCCAAGAUGAAUGUGCUGGCCACCAACAAUGAGUCCUACCUAAAGACCUGCCGCUACAGCACGGAGCAUCCCUACUGCCCCAUCUUCCUUCUGGGGAACAUCGUCAGAUGGGCUGGGAAUGACUUUCAGGAAAUGGCUUCGGAGGGUGGUGUGAUAGGAAUUCAGAUUGAAUGGAACUGUGAUCUUGAUAAAGCCCCUUCUGAAUGUAAUCCCCACUAUUCUUUUAGCCGUCUGGAUAACAAGUUUGCAGAAAAGUCUGUCUCUUCUGGGUACAACUUCAGGUUUGCUAAAUAUUACCGGGAUGCUGAAGGGAUUGAGUACCGGACACUCUUUAAAGCAUAUGGAAUCCGUUUUGAUGUGAUGGUGAAUGGCAAGGCAGGGAAAUUUAACAUCAUUCCCACUGUCAUCAAUAUCGGUUCAGGGCUAGCUCUCAUGGGAGCGGGAGCUUUCUUUUGUGACCUGGUGCUGCUCUAUCUGAUUAAAAAGAGUAACUUUUAUCGAGGCAAAAAGUAUGAGGAAGUAAAGUCCAGUUCCAGGAAGUCAUUAACUAGCCCUACUCUGAAUGGGAAUCAGAGCCCAGACCAACUUGGCGGGCUCUAGACGUGGUGAUGGGUCUGUCAACUGGAAUCACGUUCCAGGAAAACUACACAGGUGUGAAAUAACACUGGGACUGGGAGGUGGAGCUACCCCAGAUCAGAUCUACCAUCUAUUAUUGGGAUUUCCAGAGGAAAAAUGUCCUUUAAAGAACACCCUAUUUUCCCUGAGAUGUUCUCUGAUAUCUUGAGCUUGCAACACCUGUGUUCAUCAUUAUGGAUUUAUAAAAGGAUUUUGUAAGAGGAAAAAGAAGGCACCAAAUGAAUGUUUUUAUAUCUACUGAUAGAUCUAUCUGUGCCACCAUUAUUCUGUGGCUAUGCUUUGCUUCCAAGUGCAGAAGAGAAAUGUUGUGAAACACCACUGACAUUUUCAGGAGGGUUGUG